CUGAACUGAACUUGAGGAAUACGGAGGAUUCUUUGCCCCUCAGCCUGUCCCUCGUCAUGGAUUAUGAUGUUCCCGGCAGGAGGUGGAGAAGGAGGUGCUGGUAUUUCAAUGCUGCCUCCAUCGCACUCUUCCCUCUCGUCAGCUCUUCUCGUGUCAGCGGCGGACCCGGGGCGGACACGAGUCUCUGCCUCAGUCAAUAGAGAGGUUGUGGGUUUUCUCAGCUCCUGAAAGAGAAGACGUCAGGACCUGCACCUGUCCGGUCCAGCGCGACGACCUCAGAGACCGAGAGAGAUGAAAAUGAAACUGGUUGUGCCUCUACCUGUGCUGCUGUGUGCCAUCUGCCUCCUUGUCCUGCCAUCGUCCUCUACCCCCCACCAUGACUCAGAUGAUUCAAAGCUUCUCCACGUCACUAUCCUCACCACCCCCCCAGUGUUGGCCGUGCUGGGCGGCUCUCUGACGUUACCCUGCCUAGUGUCUCUGGCCCACCCUCCACCAUCCCCCUCCACCAACGGCCGCCACGCCGUGCUCUCUCUCCCCCGGGUCAAGUGGAGUGUGCUAACUAAUGGCCAUGAGGCAGAGAUCCUGGUGGCCCGUGGGGACAGGGUGAGAGUCAGUGAGGCCUACAAAGACAGAGCGACGCUGCUCAACUAUGCCUUCUCCCCCGCCGACCUCACCUUGCGCCUGGAAAGUCUGAGACAGAAUGACACCGGCUUCUACCGCUGCGAGGUGCAACAGGGCCUGGAGGAUGCUGACGACAUGGCUCAGGUCAAGGUCAAAGGUGUGGUGUUUCAUUAUCGUGAUGCAUCCAGCCGGUACGCGUUUACCUUCGCGCAGGCCAGAGAGGCCUGUAAGGAGGUUGGCGCUGAAAUCGCCACUCCAGAGCAGCUACUGGCUGCCUACCACAGUGGAUACGAGCAGUGUGAUGCAGGCUGGCUGUCAGACCACUCAGUGAGAUAUCCCAUUCAGAUGCCGAGAGAGGGCUGUUUUGGGGAUAUGGAUGGACUGCCAGGAGUGAGGAACUAUGGACUGCUGGAGCCUGAUGAGCUGUAUGACACCUAUUGCUAUGUGGAGGAUAAUGAGGGUGAGGUAUUCCAUGGCUCCGCCCCCCAGCGUUUCACCUUCUGGGAGGCCAAGACCUUUUGUCUGAGUCACGGGGCAGAGCUGGCCACCACAGCUCAGCUAUAUGCAGCCUGGAAUGAUGGACUGAACCACUGCAGUCCAGGGUGGCUGGUGGACGGCAGUGUGCGCUACCCCAUCGUCACCCCCAGAGAGCGCUGUGGAGGUGGUGAACCUGGAGUCAGAACCAUCUAUCGCUACAGCAACCAGACAGGCUUCCCUCACUCUCACACACGACAUGAUGUCUACUGCUUCAGAAGCCCCAAGGCACAGGAGACAGGAGACAGCAGGAACAGACUGGGGGAAUAUCACAGGAACCACAUCACAGGCAAUAACGUCCCUUACACCGAAUCGCCUCAGGAUUUUCUCGCCACUGAGCCAGAGGACAUUGUUUUCUUGACUAAUUCUGCUCAGGAAGCGGUUACCUUUAGUGAGGUGACAGCAAUGAGGGGUGAAGACGUGCAGCAUGCCCAGACGGUCAGUCCUGUGCAACAAGCCCCUGUGCAGGCUCAGUCCCCGACACUGUGUUACGACAAGGAGCCGUUGCUCUCAGUGGACCUUCAUCAGUCUCUGCAGACUCCUCUGCCUGAGCAUCAACAGCACACUACCAUAGAAGAUACCUGGGAGCCUGUGGAGAAGGCAAGAUACCCAGAGUCCUAUAGACCAGCACCUGACGAAAAUCCUCUGACAGAUCAUGAAGAUUCUCACGUACAUCCAACAUCUUCUAAUGCUGAUGGCGUAGUACCAACUGGUAAAGACUCCAGUUUACCCACAAUUGAUGGGACAAGUUCAGGAACCAGAGAGCCCCCAGAGUCUCAUAAUUCUAACAAUAACCCAGAGACUCAAACCCAGGAUUCGCUAGGUGUUAAUGCAACAUCUGGAGUUGACGUAAAGGAGCUUCUCAAUAGUUCUUCAGAGGUGCAUCAGAAGGUUGAGCUUCCCGUUUCCCAAGAGGAUCACACUCCAGAUGACCACUGGGAACAUGUCUCUGAAUCUGAGCUGGUCUACUCAAGCACUUCUUACGAUAUUUCUGAGCAGACAGAAGAGGCCAGCACUGGUAAUGUUGAGAGGGUAUCAGCAGUGACUACUUCCCUCCACGCUGAAGAAUCAGAUGUUCCCGCCACUGCACCACCUGUGAACCACCCAACAGUGGAGUGUGGAGAGGAGAGUGCAAGUCUUCCUCUAGAUGAGGGAAUACAAGACCCAGUAACCCAGAGUUUGAUUGGCUUGGACAUCUCUACCAUUUCUGAACUGGUCCCUACCUCUGAUUCAAGUUAUGAUCCUCCUCAAGAGCAAUCAGGAAUCAUGAUUGAGUCGUCCAUCCCAGUUGACCGUGGUGGCGAGGAGAACAAAAGCGCUCCGGACGAGGCCGAUCCAAUAGAGCAGAGUGGAAACAUCCAUCUCACUGAAAUCACAGCAGCAGAGCUCAUUACAGUCACUGAUGACUCCACUGUGGAUUCUCCUGUCCUAAACAACAAUCCUAUGACUUUGUUGACACCUGGAACCCUGUCUCCCCCUUCUAUGGAGGUUAUAUCUAGCUCCCCAGAGAUCAUUACCUCCAUGCCCAAAUGCAAUGCUUCAUCUGGGGCCGACAUCCAGGAACAUACUGAAGAGGAGGGAUUAGAAGAAAGUCAAGAAGCAUUUUUCAGCACAACGCAAAAUAUCACAUACAGUGACCCAGAGAGGAGGGAACGAGGUGCCAGAGAUGGAUCAGAUGAAUCGUCAGGAGAAAGCCCAGUGUUGAAACCAGAACUUCUGUUGACAAACCCUACUGUCUCAGCAGACCACACCUCUGAGGGAACUGAUGGUGAGGCCGGCACUGGUGCACCUCCUCAUUCAAAUGUAAAAAUCACCCUGAUCCUUCAUCGGACCCUCACGCCCGGCUGGGAACCCGAGCCUUCCUCCUCCACGCUGCAGGAGUCUCGCUCUGACCGAGAAUACAGUGCAGAGACUCCCGUUGCCCAGGAAACUGAUGAGGUCAUGGCGGUGAUCACCACCAGGAGCAUCAAUGGACAUGGAUUAGACGUGGCAGCUGAGGCGGAGACCGGCACAGACGAGAACUCUGGUCCAACUCUCACCACAGACAGUCAUGAUGUGACCGUCGCUGCUCCCACCAUGUACCCAGAGGAAUUUAAACAAGAUGAGGAGGACCAGGAACAGGGAGCCAUGGCUGCACAGCCAGGAGCCGUCUCAGACUCCUGCCUUGAGAACCCUUGCUUGAAUGGAGGCACUUGUGUCGAUGGUGGAUCGACCAGGUGCAUUUGUUUGCCCGGUUACGGAGGAGACUUGUGCCAGACAGACCCUGAGGUGUGCGAGCCGGGCUGGGAGAAGUUUCAGGGCUUCUGUUACCGUCAUUUUAGCAAGAGGCAGAGUUGGGAGGCGGCUGAGCAGCACUGUCGCAUGUGUGGUGGACACCUGAUCUCCGUCAUGACCCCCGAGGAGCAGGAGGACAUCAACGGUAAAACUUGGAAACCCAAGAAAGAAAAUUGCACAAGUUCUUGCGACCAAGGAGCAAAAAGAGCCAGAUUGUACAAAUACAGAGAAUAUCAGUGGAUCGGACUAAAUGACAGAACCAUAGAGGGAGACUUCCGCUGGUCAGACGGGAACCCUCUGCUCUAUGAGAACUGGUACAAAGGCCAGCCUGACAGCUACUUCCUGUCCGGUGAGGACUGUGCGGUGAUGGUGUGGCACGACGGCGGCCAGUGGAGCGAUGUACCGUGCAACUACCACCUAUCCUACACCUGCAAAAAGGGUGUCUCCUCCUGUGGCGAGCCCCCACAGGUUCCCUUUGCUAAAGUGUUUGGGAAGAAGCAUUCACGUUACGAGACCAACACCAAGGUGCGGUACUACUGUGAAGAGGGUUUUGUUCAGAAACUGAAUCCUGUCAUUACGUGCCUGCCCAGCGGCCAAUGGGAGGAGCCUCAGAUUACCUGCAUGCCACCUCACUCAAUGGGACAAGACUCUGUUACCUUACUGCCUCACCAGCAUGAGGAGGUCAUCGAGGUCAUGAGUACAGCAACGGAUAAAGCAACGCCGCUGUUCUCGGACAUUAAGUGGAAUUUGUAAAGCCAUCCUGCCUUCUUUUCUGUUUUCCUCUUCCUGUUUGUACCACUUCUCUAAUGUCUCACAAGACUCUCCAGCACAGUUUCUGCAUUAAGUUAAACUUUAUGUUAAAGAAACCUCAAGGCGACAGUUCCUACAAUCACCGGGAAUCUGGAAAACUGCCGUGUAGAGUUCUGAAAGAUUUAGAAGGAUUUGGGGAUUUGGAUGAGUUUUUAAAAAAAGACAUCCAGUAUACUUCCUCAUGAAACUUUCAUGUGAGAGAAUAAAAGAGGAUCCUGCAGAUUAUUCAAAGCAAAUUUUGUGCAGUUUGCAAGAUACUUAUCUUAUCGGUUCAUUGUGAAACCACAAAUUAUAGAAAUACACAUUAAACCCAAGUUAUCCAUCUCCAUAGAUCCAUUUAUCAACAUUAAAAACAAAGUCAUCAAACAGUUUAGUGUUUUACAGGAAGAGAAGAGACAGAUUUUUAGAUGUAAAAGUACCAGGAUGUCGGUUUUAUAUCAAGAGAUGAAUAAACAGUUAACACAGAGACAUGAGCUUAAACCUGGGAACAUGAAUUUGUCAUUUCAUGUGGUCUUUAAAGUUUAAAUGUAAGUUGUUAUUAGUCUGUAUUAGCCUAAAUAAACCAAUUAAAAAUGUGGCUUUUGUUUAAACCUAGCACUGAGUUUGGAAAAUUUUAAUGACAAAUUCUAUUCUACUGAGGUUCUGUCCUAGAGCAUUGUAAUUUCUUAAUCAACAGACAUUUUGUAACAAAACAUAUGUUUUUUUGGUUUGUUUAAAUGAUGAUUGUAGAAAUUAAAACCUGACUGUUCAGCGACAGUGUU